AUGCCUACAUUACAUCGUGGAUCUACAAAGCGAGUAGAUCCCAUCAUAGCUACCUCCUGUUCGCGUGGUUCCGACAGCUCAGCCCAGCUAGAAGUAAUCGCAAGGACGUUUACAUGGAGUCACGACUCCAGGGGCCUGUACGACUACGAGGCGAAGAGUGUUUACAAGAGGAAUUAUCGGGCAAAAAUAUUCAAAAUCAAAGUGAAGGAAAUUGUGACUACUCCUGAAGAGGCUCGGGAGAGGGAAAAUGAGGCGGAGCGAAGCGGCAGAGAUUUUAGUGAAGAUAGGGCUAGUGCUUUGACGGUCAGCACUGAGUUCAAGGAUGUUGAUGAUGAUUCUGAAGAGGCUCUACCGCUGAGUGAAAAAGUUUGCCGUAUUUGUUAUGAAGCCGGGGAGAAAGAGAACCCUCUGGUGGCGCCUUGCAGUGGAUGGACGGACGACUGUGUUUGCGGGAAGACCCUUGUGGAAGCUCUGGAGGUGGACGACAGGGCGGACCCCUCGCGAACAGCUACUUUUGGCGCAGUCUCGAUUCAACAACAGAGCAGUGCGGAGGUGCCGAGGAAAGGCUUGCAUAUCAUGUCCUUGGGAGGCAAUCCGAGGAGUGUUAUACGUGUGGGGAGAGGCCACGAUGCUGAUAGUUGGCGGAGGAGGAGUACCGGGAAAAGUCUUUUGUACGUUGUCAUCAUCGCCGGCAACUUCGUCGGCGAACGGUGGGCCUAUGGUCGUAACAAGAGGGCCUUCGAGGGAGGGAAGAACGGUAGGAGGGGGGAAUUGAACCUGGGUCGUGGGAUGGGGAGGCAGGCCGCUCCCUUGUUGGUGUGGGGGGAGGAAUAUGCAUGUGGUUAA